AUGUUGAAAAGACUCUUAUCGUCCAUGUCCUUUAAUACUAGAGUCCUAAAAGUGGAUCCCAGCUCCAUUCAUUUUUCGCCAACGGCCCAUAUUGAUGGGUCGUUGCCGACCAUCACCGAUCCAGAAACAAAGAAGAACUUGAUGGAAGCUGCAAACAUCAUACGUGAGACUGACAAUAUCGUCGGCUUUCCCACAGAAACAGUUUAUGGGUUAGGUGGUUCCUCACUCAAUGACAAUUCUGUCCUGAAUAUCUACAAAGCCAAGAACAGGCCCAGCGAUAAUCCGUUGAUUAGUCAUGUUUCAUCCAUCGACCUGUUAAACAGACGUAUAUUCGGUAACAAGCAUAAAACAGAUGUCCUGGAGAAUAUACCGAAAAUCUAUCAUCCUCUAAUAGAAAAACUCUGGCCAGGACCGUUGACCGUGUUGUUACCAGUACCACCAAACAGCAAUCUUUCCAAGUUAACCACAGCUGACCAACCCACGUUCGCUGUGCGCAUUCCAUCUAAUCCCGUUGCUAGAGCGCUCAUAGCUUUAAGUGACACCCCAAUUGCUGCUCCUUCCGCCAAUCAAUCAACGAGACCUUCUCCAACGUUAGCCUCUCAUGUAUACCACGAUCUGAAUGGCCGUAUACCCAUCAUCUUGGAUGGUGGUGCAUGUAAUGUAGGUGUUGAAAGUACAGUUGUUGAUGGACUUGUCUCCCCACCGUUACUUUUGCGGCCUGGUGGGUUUACAUGGGAGCAAAUCCGUUCGAUGGGAGGCUCACAGUGGUCGACAUGCAAAGUUGAGAACAAGAAAACCAUAGCUGAAGGUGAAAAAGUUAGAACUCCUGGUAUGAAGUAUCGUCACUAUUCACCUCGAGCCAAGGUCAUACUAUUUGUUCCAGAACGUAGUGAGAUGCCUACAGAGGAACGCCUUCAAUAUGUCAAGAAUAUCAUAAAGGAAGAGUCGAAAGGAAUUCAAAAGUAUGCUCUUUUAUCCACUCUUACAUUCCCAUCUAAUCUUGUCGAGGAACAGAACUGCAUUUGUGAGCAAUUGGGAUCAUCGAGAAAGGAAAUUCAAACGAAUUUGUUUGCAUAUCUGAGGAAGCUAGACGAGGAGGAAAAGGUUGACUUGAUAUUCGUAGAGGGUAUUGAGGACGAAAAUGAGGGAUUGGCAGUAAUGAACAGGUUGAGGAAAGCGGCUAGUCAUAACAUUGUGCCUUUUUAG